UAACCAAUAGUAUUCCUGGAACCGAAAGAAUUAUCAACAAUUUUGUUUUAUAUUUCGAUCAUUUGAAAGAAAUUUCGUGUUUGGAAUGUACACGUAAAAUAUGUCUGACAUUUCCUUUAAAUAUAAAAUAAUAAGCACGAUUAAAUGCAGCGUCACAUCCGUACACAGCUUCAAAGCGGUUCAAAGGCUAACCAAUGAGACCAGCGGAACCAGUGCAGUAAUGCCGUUCGGACCUAUGGUUCGGACCAGGUUCCUACCAGGGGGACAAGUGAAUUGUGCGAUAGACAGUCAAGCUGGUCUAUUAGGAUCUGUCCUCUAUCUUUUUCCACAUAUGUAAUGUGUUUUAGAUGCUUGUAUUGUAUGACACGAUUGACUAAUUCCCCGGAUAAGAAAGAAAGGAGUGCUUUAGCAGAUACUUUUAGAGAUCUGCAUACAGCAGUUGCUAGCUAGUUAGCUAGCCGGGCGGUCUGUUGUCAUAGUCUGUCUGCGUGGUGGUUCUGAGAACCAUGAACAGCGCUGCGCUCCUCACCGGAGGCCGUACUUACACACCCGGACAAACAAAGCGUACCGAGCGGAUCGAACGGUGAGACACCCAGAUGGCAACGGUCAGCUACCCUUCUUAAAUGACAACAGACAAACGGGUCCACAGCUGAAGCUUUAAGUGCCUGGCUCCUGUUGACAUCCACAGUCAGAGCCUGGGACAGGCCCACCAAGUGGGGUAGUCUCUCUUUGAUCAAGAUGAGUGCCGUCCGCGGAGGAACAGUCACUUGGCGCCCACAGCCCUGGCAGGACGGGGAUGGUGGUGGGGGAGAGCCCCUUUCGGACAGUGACUCAGAGGAAGAAGACUUCCCCGACGACAGUACCACUCCUUUAGGGGACUACGUCACGCAAGGACUGAAGCAACUCCUGGAUGCCCAGCAGCUGUGUGACGUCACCCUCAUAGUGGAAGGGAAGAGGUUUAUGUGCCAUAGGGUCCUUUUGGCAGCAGUCAGCCCCUACUUCCGCGCCAUGUUCACUAGCCCGCUGGUAGAGUCCCGUCUCACUGAAAUCCGAUUGGAGGAGGUGACGCCGUCAGUCAUGGAGACUGUAAUCCAGUUCGUCUACACCGGGGAGGCGGGGCUCUGUCUGGACACGGCGGAGGACCUGUUUGUGGCAGCCAAUCGGCUUCAAGUGAUGCCCCUGCAGGACCUGUGCUCCAGGUUCCUGUUUGACCACCUGUCUGUGGACAACUGCCUGGGUAUGUAUUCUCUGGCCCGCUCCCACCAUGACCAGCUGCUCCUGAGGGCCUCCCUGCGUCUGGUGGCCCAGCACUUCCCCCGCGUCUCCCGCCAGAAAGACUUUCUGCUGCUGGACCCCGGCACGCUGGGCAGCCUGCUGGGCUCGGACCGCCUGGGCGUGGAUUCGGAGGCGGAGGUGUAUGAUGCGGCGCGCCGCUGGGCAGAGCACCAGCCCCUGGAACGUUACGGCCACAUGCCGGGCCUGCUCCACCACCUCCGCCCUGGCCUCCUGUCCCUGGAGGAGAGCCAGCGGCUGAGCGAGGAGCUGGGCCCUGCGGUAGCCGGGGAGAGCCCCGGGGGGCCCCUGAGGCCCAGGGAGGGCAUGUUUGAGAAGAAGAUUGUGUGCGUGGACCUGAAGCCGCGGGAGGACGAGUCGCUGAGCGACAGAGACUUCACGGUGGACUGCUUCGACCCACGCACUGGGAAAUGGGAGAAGCUGGCCGCCCUGGGCUCCCUUCUGUGUCCCGGCUGCACGGCCGUCGGCGGCAGGCUGUUCGUGGCGGGGGGCAUCCUGCGCGGCGGCACGGUGUCCACUGAGGUGCACGAGUACGACGCCGUGCUGGACCGCUGGCUGGAGCGGCCGCCGAUGGCGCAGCCUCGGGCCAUGCUGGGCCUCCUGGGCUGCGGGGAGUUGCUGUAUGCGCUGGGCGGCUGCAACCGAGCGGCCGUGCUGGACUCCUGCGAGACCCUGGACCUGGUCUCCCUGCGGUGGGUCCCCGGGCCCCGCCUGCCACUGCCACUGCGGUCUUUUGCCUGUGCCGCGCUGCGCGGACGCAUCUACCUGCUGGGCGGUGCCACGCUGGAGCAGAACCGGGCGGUGGUGCACGCUGGCGUGCUCAUCUACAACACCCUGAAUGACUCGUGGAGCCGCGUGGGCCUGGAGUCCGGCGCCACCUGCCUGGCCGGCGGGGUGGCAGUGCGCGGCGGGGUCUGCGCCAUUGGCGGAUACAUGAGGGACGCCACCAAGUUCAUAGACGGCAACUACACUCACCUGGAGCCACUGGACGCCACGGGGCGCGUGCUGUUCUUCCGGGAGGGCCGGGGCUCGGCGGUCGAGCGAGAGGUGUCCGGUGCGGUGGUGGCGGAGAGGGCGGGGGGUGGGGGGAGCGACCGUGCCCCCAGCCCAGUGGUGUUCCCUGGGCUGCCCAGGCGGAUUGCCGCGGGCGGCGUGGCCAGGUGGAAGCGGCGGAUAUACGUGCUGGGCGGGGAGAACGGCUCCCGGUUCUAUGACAGCGUGUACUGCUGGAAGCCCGGCUGGCGCAGCUGGGUCCAGAGACGGGAGAAGCUGCCCGGAGACACCGGGGGGGUCAGCCAGUUUGGUUGCGCCACUCUCAAGUUCCCCAAGAAACACAUCCUGUCCAGACUAAGACUGGCCCGGGAGGACCGGAAGCCUGACAACUAGCCACAGCAGGACUAAUGAGCUGUGCUGAAACCAGCAAAAAUGUGUGUGUGUGUGUGUGUGUGUGUGUGUGUGUGUGUGUGUGUGUGUUUGUGUGUGUGUGUGAGAGAAUGUUGGGUUUUGACAGUAACACAGGAGCCCUCCCCGUUCCCUCCAACUCCAUAUGAGAAACAUAUCCUCUAAUGUUAAUCUGAUGGAUGUUUUGGAACUGAACAGCAAAUUGAUGUUUUGAUGACAGUUCUGCUGUCACAUGAUUAAAGGAAUAUUUGCUAAAUA